AUGGCGGCGCAGGCGAGGGCGUUGGAGUCCCAGGUGUGGCGCGAGCGGGACGAGGAACAGGACGACGACAAAGCAUCGACGGCCGACGACCGGCGCGCGCAGGAAGAGGAGAUGUCGAUUCUCGUGAGUAUUUUCUGCGACUGCGCGAGAGGCGACGACGCGAACGCCGUGAGGGAGGCUUUGGCUUCGGGACGCGACGUCGGCGACGCGACUUCGAGCGGGCGGUUGUUUCGCGCAGAACUGGAGAUCGACGUCGAGAUCGACGGCGAAGCAGAGGUCUUGAACGGAGAUUCCACGCAUCUUGUUGCUGCUUUACCGCCGAUAUUUCUGGAAUUCAUCUUCCCGAGAAGGUAUCCCUCGCGCGAGGCGCCGAAGUUCGUCAUUCGUAGUGAUUGGUUGUCGAACAGCCAUUUGAGCGCGAUGUGCGCGAGAUUGGACGCCAUAUGGGAAGACCAGCGUCCAAACGGUGAGCCAAUAGUGUAUGAAUGGACUCAAUGGAUAAAGAACGACGCGAUGCGAGACGUAUUGUUGAAUGCGCAGGGCGCGCUCGACGUCUCAGCUCGAGGUCUUGGGUGGGCGGACGGCGAGUUUGAAGUCGACGCGAGAGCCGUCGUUACGGCUCGAGACGCGAAUGAGGCGGUGUUUACGAUUUUACGUGCAGACGCACAUGCUAGACGACGAGCAUUUCUGAUCAGCUGCGAUAAUUCGUGCUCAAUGUGCCUCGCGGAUGACAUCAAAGGCGUCGACGUUCGACGAGUGUCGAGCGCCUGCGCGCACACGUAUUGCGUCGAGUGCGUGACGCGCAUGGCGCGCGUGCACGUGAGCGAAGGCUCUGUCUUACGCUUGGUCUGCCCGGAAUGUUCGUGUGCGUUCGAUCCUCAUGUGCUGCGCGCCAUUCUGAACCAUGAUGAGUAUGAAAAGUAUGAAGCCACGCUGCUCGCGCGCACGCUCGACUCGAUGGCGGAUCUCGUGUACUGCCCUCGAUGCGAGCAUCCCGUUAUUGAAGAAGAAGAUCAAAAUUUUGGGCGAUGUCCCGGUUGCUUCUUCGCUUUCUGCACGCUUUGCCGCGCGUCGUGGCACGCUGGGUCCGAGUGCCUCAACGCUGAGCAAAAGCUCGCGGUGCUCGAGGCGAGACGUCGCGGUGACUCGAAAAUGUCCGAAGAAGCGUUGCGUCAGUACAAAGAACAAAUCGCCGACGUAUCCGCGGCCGCAUACGUCGAACGGAACGGCCGCAAGUGCCCAGUGUGUGGUCAAGGGGUUGAGAAAAACGAAGGCUGCAACAAGAUGACGUGCGCGUGCGGCGCCUACUUUUGUUGGAAGUGCGGUCAAAAGCUUGAAGGCGACGGGUAUUCUCAUUACCGAAACGUCAACGGCGAACCCGGCACGAGCACGUGUCAACUCUUCGACCUCGACGCCAUCGAAGCGUGGGAGCGCGAUAUGGCCGCGCUUCGCGUCGACGGUCGCGCGCCUCGCGCGCCGAGAGCCGCCGACGUCAUCUCCUGCAUCCGCUGCAAGGCCCAAAACGUCGCCUUCGAUCGAAACAACCACGUUCGAUGUUGGGCCUGCAACUCUUCUUUUUGCGCCGCGUGCAGGCGCGUCGUUCUGAAGACGUCCGAGCACUACGCGCCGAGCGCCCCGUGCAAGCAGCACCGAAAGUGA